GCGGUAACCAGCGUGAGCUCGCCCGCCAGAAGAAUAUGAAAAAGCAGAGCGACUCGGUUAAGGGGAAGCGCCGAGACGACGGGCUUUCUGCUGCCGCCCGCAAGCAGAGGGACUCGGAGAUCAUGCAGCAGAAGCAGAAAAAGGCAAACGAGAAGAAGGAGGAACCCAAGUAGCUUUGUGGCUUCGUGUCCAACCCUCUUGCCCUUCGCCUGUGUGCCUGGAGCCAGUCCCACCAUGCUCGCGUUUCCUCCUGUAGUGCUCA